AUGGCGAUCGGAAAGAACAAGCGGAUGAGCAAGGGAAAGAAGGGGGGGAAGAAGAAGAUUGGAGAUCCUUUCCUGAAGAAGGAGUGGUAUGACCUGAAGGCUCCCACUCUUUUCAACGUCCGCAAUUUUGGGAAGACUCUCGUCACGAAAUCGGCAGGGACCAAGUUGGCGGUUGACGGGCUCCGUGGCCGCAUUUACGAGGUCAACCUCGCAGAUCUCAACAAUGAUGAGGAUCAGGGCUUCAGGAAGAUCAAGCUCUGCUGCGAAGAUAUUCAGGGGAGAAACUGCCUGACAGACUUUCAUGGAAUGGAUAUGACCCGAGACAAGAUUUGCUCCCUGGUCCGCAAGUGGCACUCCCUCAUCGAGGCAUUCGUUGAUGUGACGACCUUGGACGGCUACACCUUGAGGAUGUUCUGCAUCGCGUUCACCAAGAGGAGACCAGACCAGGUGAAGAGCACAUGCUACGCUCAGACAUCCCAGAUCCGUGCAAUCCGCAAGAAGAUGAUGACCAUCAUGUCUGCGGAGGCUUCCAAGUGCCAACUGAGGGACCUGGUCAAGAAGUUCAUCCCUGAAUCCAUUGGCAAGGACAUCGAACACGCAUGCAAAGGCAUCUUCCCGCUUCAGAACGUGUUCAUUCGCAAGGUUAAGAUGUUGAAGAAGCCGAAGUUCGAUCUCACUAAACUCAUGGAGCUUCACGGUGAAACCGAGGAUGUCGGCAGGAAAGUCCAAGCGGAGUCUGGCGAAGCGCAGAACACCUUGACAGCGGAGACGAAGGCCUGA